AGUCUCCAACGCUUUCAAUUCUUCAUCUCAGUUCUCAUCUGCUGCACACAUCUGUACUGUAGUGAGGGCAGUGUGGUUAUGUUGUGGGGUUCAUAUUGAUGGUCUAUGACGUCCAUAAUGCUUUAGUGUGACGCAGUCACAAUGAUCUUCUCUCUCAACAGCUAAAGUUCAAAAGGCAAAUGAUGUGAUGGAUGAGUUGUGUUUGUGUCCAGGUCUCCAGUCUACUAUGGAUGAGGAGAGAGAGGAGGGCUGUCCUACCUCUAAGACCACUCUGUCUGGGGAACAUGGCCGCCAGAGCAAAGCUAAGAGAGUCCAGCAGGAGAGAGCAGACUCCCCUGGACCCAGCUGUGUCUCCUUGAAGAGUGACUGGUCUAUGGAUCAUCCUGUUAGGUUUAAAGAAGGAAAUCAGUCUAUUAAGAAGAGGUGAGGAUUUACCAGAGAUCAUAAAGAUACAGCUUCUAUCAAACGUCCAUAAAUCCUGGUUCUUGUUUUUCUAGAAGAGUCCAGCAGGAGAGAGCAGACUCCCCUGGACCCAGCUGUGUCUCCAUGAAGAGUGACUGGUCUAUGGAUCAUCCUGUUAGGUUUAAAGAAGGAAAUCAGUCUAUUAAGAAGAGGUGAGGCUUUACCAGAGAUCAUAAAGAUACAGCUUCUAUCAAACGUCCAUAAAUCCUGGUUCUUGUUUUUCUAGAAGAGUCCAGCAGGAGAGAGCAGACUCCCCUGGACCCAGCUGUGUCUCCUUGAAGAGUGACUGGUCUAUGGAUCAUCCUGUUAGGUUUAAAGAAGGAAAUCAGUCUAUUAAGAAGAGAGUCCAGCAGGAGAGAGCCGACUCCCCUGGACCCAGCUGUGUCUCCAUGAAGAGUGACCACUCUAUGGAUAAACCUCCUGAGCUUAAAGAUGGACGGCCCUCCAGAGAGGAGAGACACCAGGAGAGGUCAAAGGUGACCAGUGCUCAGUCUCUACAGCAGCAUCAAACAGAGCUGAUCAAGAGGGCUGAGGAGAACGCGCACGCUUUUCUAGACAAGGAGCUGAAGAAGCUCUGGAAGGUUUACUUCCCAGAUUACCCACAAUGCUCAGAGAGUCAGAGGGAGGAGGAGGAGGAGGUGGAUAGUAAGAAGGAGGAGCAGAGGUGGCGCGCCAUACAGGGAGUGGUGGACAUCACAAAGCUCUGCCUGAUGGAGAUGAACCAGGAGGAACUGGCCGACACACUGUGGGGCGGAUCUGCUGCUGUCGAGUGCCAACAGAAAAUCAAGUCUCAUUUGAAGAAGAAGUUCAAGUGUGUGUUUGAGGGAAUCGCUAAUGCAGGACAUUCAACACAUCUGAAUGAGUUCUACACAGAGAUCUUCAUCACACAGAGAGGCAGUGGAGAGGUCAACAAGGAACAUGAGGUCAGACUGAUUGAAACAUCUUCCAGGAAACCAGACAAGGAGGAAACACCAAUCAGAUGUGAGGACAUCUUUAAACCCUUACCUGGACAAGAUCAACCAAUCAGGACAUUAAUGACAACUGGAGUGGCCGGCAUUGGUAAAACCGUCUUAACACACAAGUUCACUCUGGAGUGGGCUGAAGGUGAAACCAACCAGGACAUACACUUCACAUUUCUCCUCACUUUCAGAGAGUUGAAUUUACUGAAAGAGAAAGAGUUUAGCUUGGUGGAACUGCUUCAUCACUUCUUUAUUGAGACCAAAGAAGCAGGAAUCUGCAGAUUCCACCGGUUCCAAGUUGUCUUCAUCUUGGAUGGUCUGGAUGAGUGUCGACUUCCUCUGGACUUCCAGAACAACCCGAUCUGGACUGAUGUCACAAAGUCCACCUCAGUGGACAUGCUGCUGACAAAUAUCAUCAGGGGCAACCUGCUUCCCUCCGCUCUCAUCUGGAUAACCACACGCCCUGCGGCAGCCAAUCAGAUCCCUGCUGAGUGUGUUGACAUGGUGACAGAGGUGAGAGGGUUCACCGACCCACAGAAGGAGGACUACUUCAGGAAGAGAUUCAAAGACGAGACGCUGGCCAGCACAAUCAUCUCCCACAUCAAGAAAUCACGAAGCCUGCACAUCAUGUGUCACAUCCCAGUCUUCUGUUGGAUCACUGCUACAGUUCUGGAGGACUGCUUCAAAGCAUCCCAGAUAGGAGAAGUGAUGCCAAAGACCGUGACUCAGAUGUACAGCCACUUCCUGAGGGUUCUUUCCAUACAGGGGGACAGGAAGUACCAUGGGAGAGCUGAAACAGAUCCAAACUGGAGUUCAGAGAGCAGGGAGAUCAUUGUUUCUCUGGGAAAACUGGCUUUUAACCAGCUGGACGAAGGCAAUCUGAUCUUCUACGAGGCAGAACUGGCAGAGUGUGACAUUGAUAUCAUAGCAGCCUCAGUGUACUCAGGAGUGUUCACCCAGAUCUUUAAAGAGGAGUGUGGGCUGCACCAGGACAAGGUGUUCUGCUUUGUCCAUUUGAGCAUGCAGGAGUUUCUGGCUGCCCUUUAUGUCUUUUGGUCCUUUAUCAACACUGGGGUAAAUCUGCUCUCAGAAGAAGAGCCAAUAUCCAGGGAAGAUAAACUCCUCCACCUCUACCAGAGUGCUGUGGACAAGGCCUUGCAGAGUGAGAACGGACACCUGGACUUGUUCCUCCGCUUCCUCCUGGGCCUCUCUCUGGAGACCAAUCAGAUUGUCCUACGAGGUCUGCUGGGACAGACUGGGAGAAGAUCACAGAUCGCUCCAAUUAAACAAGAUCUGCUAGGACAGACAGGAAGGGGCUCACAAACCAAGAAGAAAACAGAGUCUUACAUCAAGGAGAAGUUUGCUGGAGAUCUCUCUCCAGAGAGAAGCAUCAAUCUAUUCCACUGUCUGAAUGAGCUGAACGACCGGUCUCUAGUGGAGGAGAUCCAGAAGUACCUGACAUCAGAAAGACUCCCCAGUAAAUCUCUCUCUCCUGCUCAGUGGUCAGCUCUGGCCUUCAUCUUACUGACAUCAGAAGAGGUGCUGGAUGUGUUUGACCUGAAGAAAUAUAAAGCUUCAGAGGAGGGUCUUCUGAGGCUGCUGCCAGUGUUCAAAGCCUCUAAAACGUAUCUGCUGAAUGGCUCUCAUCUGUCAGAGAGAUGCUGUGAAGCUCUGGCCUCAGUUCUCAGCUCCAACUCCUCUAGUCUGAGAGAGCUGGACCUGGGUACCAAUGAUCUGCAGGAUUCAGGAGUGAAGCUGCUCUCUGCUGGACUGGGGAGUCCACACUGUACACUGGAAACUCUCAGGCUGAAUGGCUGUCAUCUGUCAGAAAAAUGCUGUGAAGCUUUGGCCUCAGUUCUCAGCUCCAACUCCUCUAGUCUGAGAGAGCUGGACCUGGCUACCAAUGAUCUGCAGGAUUCAGGAGUGAAUUUGCUUUCUGCUGGACUGGGGAGUCCACACUGUACACUGGAAAUUCUCAGCUUGUCUGGCUGCCUGGUCACACAGGAAGGCUGUGCUUCUCUGGCCUCAGCGCUGAGCUCCAACCCCUCCCAUCUGAGAGAGCUGGACCUGAGCUACAAUCAUCCAGGAAACUCAGGAGCUGCGCUGCUCUCUGCUGGACUGGAGGAUCCACGCUGGAGACUGGACACUCUCAGUGUGGAGCACGGUGGAGUGUGGAGGCUGAAACCAGCUCCACAGAGAUAUGCCUGUGAACUCACACUGGACCCCAACACGGCCUACAGUUAUCUUUCUAUGUCUGAGGACAACAGGAAGGUGACGCUGGUUGGAAAGGACCAGUCGUAUCCGGAUCACCUAGAGAGAUUUGACUUCUGGCACCAGGUGUUGGGUAGAGAGGCUCUGACUGGCCGCUGUUACUGGGAGGUAGAGUGGAAAGGAACUGUUGAGAUAGGAGUGACAUACAGAGGAAUCACAAGGAGAGGAGGGGAUGGUGACAGCCGGCUUGGAAGGAACAAAAAGUCCUGGAGGCUUGAUUGUGAUCAUGAUGUUUACACUACCUGGUACAAUAGUAGAAGAGCCCUCCGUCUCUCCCCCGCUGGCUCCACCAGAGUAGGAGUGUAUCUGGACCGGCCUGCUGGCUCUCUGUCCUUCUACAGAGUGUUCCCAGGUGGAGGAGGGUCCUCAGACACACUGACACACAUCCACACCUUCAGGUCCACGUUCACCCGGGAGGACCUCCUCCCUGGGUUUUGGUUAGAGAGGGGGUCCUCAGUGUCUCUGUGUUGGUUGUAGACACACACACGCACACGCACACACAUGCACACGCACACACAUAAAGGGUGCGUGAGGUC